UUCAAUUUCCGGUACGAGGUAAACAAUUUUUUUAAGACAGGUGUUACUUGAAAUGACAGUGACUGAUCCACUUUCCUGUGGUUAGUAUCGAUGAUGAUACACCUCUGUAGUCAUGUAGCAUGCGUGAAGUGCCAGCUGAGAUAUCGCCUUUCUACUCCAGUUAUCUGUGAUUUGUAAUGGAACGGACUAGGGUGUGACACAUCAUGGCAACAUGUAUGGGCGAGGUGUUCACCUGGUCCCUCAGAAACCAGACAGCUUUGCCAGAUGAUGUUGUUGGUAUCCAUACCUACCAUGACAAAACACAAGCUGCAUCCCAGGGCCAGCUGUACCUGGAGGAGAGACAACAGCACUCAGAAGGUCAGGACAUAGCAUGGACACCAAAGAACAAGAGACCAGAGAAGCUACGAGACACGCUGAAGGAGCUAGAGGACCUGCUGUCACACCACAGACUAGUACAUGUCCGAUGGAGAAGUCGAAGGAUCCUCCAGGUUGUCCUGAGUAACUUGGUCAGUGUGACCUAUGUUCUGAGUGGACACAGUGGCGACCUUGACAAGAUCUUCCUUGACAAAUCUAUGAUGACCAAGGUCAACACAGAUGCAGCCUCAGAUGCGUACCUUUGUGAACAGUUCCUGAUUACAGUGUAUCCAGACCGUAACAAGCUGGACUACGCCUACUUUGUCAAAAGACCUCCUCUAGGGGAGACAAUAAAACGUCUAGAAAAACUCUCUACCUGGGAACCCAAGGUGUCUCAGGUAGAAAUUCCAGGCCCCAUCGGAAGACGUCUGGACCGGAAGCUGUCAGUCAACACACGGCAAGAUACAGUGUUGGUGUGGUGGACAGCGUCCAGUGAGGAGGCGUGGCCAUGGAGUCCGAUGAAUACUGACAAGGAUAGGGCCAACCUUGUGCUUUACUCCAUACAUGGCCCUAACAUAGGACUUUUGACCUUUACCAGGUCGGAGUGUGACCCUAUACAUGCAGGAUUCAGUGACCUGCAGCCACACAGAUUUUUUACAGUGGAACAAGCAAUGGGAGCAGGCUCUGAGACAUCAGCUCAAAGCUGUACCUACGAGAUUAUACAGGGCAAGAUUCAGAGGACCAAUGUUACAGCUAUACAGUUGAAAGGUCAUCUGACAUGUCAGGGUCGUAACCCCAGUGAGGACAAACUCAUUCUCGGCUGUGGUGAUGGAUCUGUGGUCCUGAUUGAUGAUCACAGAAAGACUUCAUCAGCAAGGCGGGCAGAUUUGAUCGCUGCUGAUGUAGCCUGGCACCCCACAGGGACUGUUUUCUUCCUGAUCAGUGUUCGGGGAGACAUACAGGUACUUGACUUGGCCUUGACCUCAUUGAGAAUACAGCUGGUGUCAGAGGAGCCAAGCCCACAGAGAGUUCUUCCCCUCAGCAAGCUCUUCAGGGUGCCUGUGACUGUGAAAGAGCUGUGCUGGUGUUUGUCUGACCCCCAGUCAGCAGAAUGGAACGGUGAUUACACGGACGCCAUGUUUAUACACUGUGAUAGAGGCCCGCCCUGCCUGUUCCUGUUCCACCUGGGAGUGGUCAGUAGGGAGCGGUUCUCCUGUCUGGAGCUGCUGAAGGAGUACAUCAAACACAACCAGAUACCAGAUGCUAUUUUACUGCUGGAGAAUAUGAACUGGGAUACCCAUGGAUCCGUGUGUUACUCCUGUCUGUCAGCCAUUGUCAACCACCUGCUGCGUAAACCCCUCAACGUGGAGCGGGAGGGCCAGUUAGAAGUGAGUCUAGGGACGUUCUACAACCCCAAGCGAGCACUGUCCGAGUCCACCAUUAUGGAUUUCAGAGACCCUAUCAGCCGACUUGCUCGGAGAUUCUUCCAUCAUCUACUCCGGUACUCGCGGUUUGACAAGGCGUUUCUACUGGCAGUGGACAUCGGGGCCAGAGAUCUGUUCAUGGAUAUCCAUUACAUGGCCCAAGACAAGGGGGAGGUGGCUCUAGCUGAGGUCGCCAAACGCAAGGCCGACCAGAUUGAAACAGAGGCUUUAGAGUCAUUUGACGGGCUGGAUGACGACCUCAUAUUUAACGGCCUUAAUAACCAGGUGCCAAACAACCACCAGGAUGGCGGGCAGGUGUUAAACGGACAGGAUUACAAUCAGAGCCCGCAGUCAUGGCAACCAGACUAUGCUUAUACACAGGGCUACCGCCCCCAGAACGCCAACACAGGUACAAACAGGUACCUGCCGUACCCAGACGAUGUGGGAGUGGAGUCUGACCUCAUUCAGGACUACACAGAUGCCCUACGUAUAGAUGACCCAUCCUGGAUCCACUCAGCAGGGUUACAUCCCCAUCAACAGGAGGAGUCACCAAAUCCUGAGACUGAAGAGGAUGACAGCUCUGCCAAUGUGAUUCAUUUUGGAGUUGUGUGAUACUUUAGGAGAACAGUAAUACCACCAUAUCAGUGUUAGAUCGUCAAUGAAUUGUUUGUCAGCGUGAACAUUUUCUUUCUGACAUUUUGAUUUAGCUGCCAAAUUUAGUUUCAGUUCUAAACAAAAUGACUGUUGUUUAUUAAAAUUACAACUGCACUGAUUACAAUCAUUACAAAAAAUGAAAUUUAUUAUAAAUCCUGGUAAUGGAGUAUCGGAAAUGGGUUGUUCGACUUGUAUAUCACCGUUGAUCUACAGAGUGCCAUGCUGGAAAAGUUAAAUGCACCCUACGGAUGUCAUGAUACCUAUGCCUUAGAUACUGUGAGACUCAAAAAUCAUCAGAACAUAUCACUGGAAACGGAAUAUGUAAUAUUAAUGUACAUUCAUUUUAUACAUCCUUGUUACUAGGUCCAUCUGACCAACAAAUAUUUUUAUUAUUAAAUCAGGAAAAUGAAAUAUAUCCAUCAAACAAAAAAGAUG